AGUGGAAAGUUUUGCCGCUUGUCGCAUCGCAAGCACAUCGCAAAGUUUGUAGUUAUAAAAAUAGUGCAAUCAUUUUAGUAGAAGUGUGUGAACCUACUCGCAGAUCGAAGCAGAAACAUUCAACAUGUCAUCGGGCAAACUCAUUCGUUGGGGCAUCGUAUCCGCUGGCAAGAUUAGCGAGGACUUUGUCAUUGCGCUGAGCACACUGCCAGCCAGCGAUCACCAGGUGGUUGCCGUGGCUGCCCGGGCCCAGGAGUGUGCUGCGGCGUUUGCCAAGAAGCACGAGAUACCCAAUGCCUACGGUAGCUACGAGGAGCUGGCCAAGAGCAAAGAUGUGGAUGUGGUGUACAUUGGCGCGCUUAAUCCGCAGCACUAUGAGAUCUCCCUGCUGAUCCUGAACCACGGCAAGCAUGUGCUCUGCGAGAAACCUCUGGCCAUGAACAAGAAACAAGUGGAGGGCAUUUUAGCUGCUGCCAAGGCCAACAAGUGCUUCUUCAUGGAGGCCGUCUGGUCGCGUUUCUUUCCUUCCUAUCAACAUGUGCGCCAGCUCAUCGAAACUGGUGCACUCGGCGACAUUAAAAAUGUGGAAGUCGCCUUUGGUUUUCCCCUGGCCGCCGUCGACCGCCUGCAGAAGCGGGAAUUGGGCGGUGGUGUCGUUUACGAUCUGGGCAUUUACACCAUUCAGGUAUCGCAGUGGGCCUUCCAGGAACCACCACAGAAAAUCGAAUCAACUGGUCUGACCAACAACGAGGGCAUCGAUGAUGAUGUCAGCUGCACGCUCACCUACAGCGGUGGUCGCACUGCAAAGAUGCGCUUGUCAUCCAAGGAAAAGCUCGAUAACAAGGCAAUCAUCAAGGGCACCAAAGGUGAAAUAACGUUGAUUGACUUCUGGUCUCCCAACAAGAUCAUCGACAUUGAUGGCAAGGAGAAGGAGUGGCUGCCUCCAAAAGGCAAGUACGCAACCAACUAUGGCAACUCGGAAUGCAUGCGCUACGAGGCGGAGGCAGUGCGUCAAUCUAUACUCGCUGGCGAGAUGGAGAACAAAACCGUCAGCUAUGCGGAUAGUUUGCUGUUUGCGGAAAUUGAGGAUACAAUCAGGAAACAAAUCGGUGUGCUCAACAAAUAUGAUGAAGAGUAACCAAAUACAAAUACUUAAGAAUUUAUGAAAAAUGUUAUUAAAUUUAAAAGAGUUGAAUAAACGUUUCUAAUUUUAUAUUU